ACAGAGAUACCGGACUCUACACAGAAAGUUUUGCACUAUGUGGAGGCGAAUGUGCAGGGAUACUUCGAUACUUUUAGACAUGCCUUACGACUUAGAGAAAGAGAUCAGGAAAUCUAAAAUGACUUAGUAUUGCAUAUUGGGGUAUGGUAUGUGACGGCUUUGCUGAAGCAGUUCAAAAGCUCACAUUGUUAGAAGAGUUGAGGCUGGCAGGUAAAGGACAAAGAGAAAAAUAGAACAAAAAGGGAAAAUUUGGAUGAAAUCUUUUCAAACUUGACCGUGUAAUUCUCGAUUACAUGUCUAGUAGAGGUUUCCAUCAGGUUGGUGAGGCAUUCUCCAAUGCAAUUCAGGCUAAUCAAAAUCGUAAUGCCAUUAAUUCUCCCCAUGAAGCAUUUCUGCAAGUUUGGUGGGGUAAAUUUUAUGAUGCUUACAGAUCUAGGUUCCCUGACGAUGCUGUAUUGACCACUGGUUCCUUUGAUAAGGUCUCACAGACUGUGGAAAACAUUGUGGCUGAUAAUAGUUUGCAUCAAUCUUAUGCCUCUGAUCAUACAAAAGCAAACAUAUCUAAUGUGAUGCCUGUGAUGUCGUCACCUCUUUUGAUGACAUCCUCUCCUGUGAUGGAAUCCAUUGGUCCUGAUGUUAUGGAUGCUGAAAUUCUAAAUUUGUUGUCAACUUAUGAUACCAAUUUUGCGUCACUAGAUUUGUCUUCUCAAAGAGACAUGACAUUAGGCUUACAGUUUCCUGAGAUAGGUGAAAUGGGUGGCAUGCUUCCGUUUGCAAGAAAUUCUGGCUAUCAAAUGCCAACUGCACCUCCGAAGUGGAAUGCAAGAGAUGACAGACCUGGCAUAGACUUGGGAGGACCUAUGCUAAUGGAACCAAGUAUUCAUGCCCCUGCAAACGCUUUGCCUUCUUCACUGGAACUUUAUGAUUCAGGGAACAACAUAUCUCUCCAACAAGCAUCUCAUCAAGGAUGGCCAUCCGUUAUGUUAGUUGAUACAGAUCAGAGGACCCCAGAGUUUUUACCAACUAGCCAUCAAAAAUUAGCACCUAUGGGAGGACUUAAGAGAAGAUCUGGAAAGCAACCUGCAGUGCAGGAGAAAAUAAACCAGCUGGGACUGCAGUAUUCAAAUAAGAGUGGCAUAAAGAGGAAAGCUCCAUUGAGUUCUUUGGCAUCCGUUUUCAUAAAAGCUACUGUCUCUGGUGUUGCAAAGAAUAAGACUAUAAGCUGCUAUUCCCAAGGAGAUGAUGGUCUGGUCAUUGCAAGUAGUUCAAUCGAUGCAUCGAUGAAAGAAUUUGCUACUCCGCAGAAAGAAAACUCUUUUAAAGAGAUUAGUAACCUUGACACAAAAAUGAGCAAGCUCCUAUGUUGCCACUUCAAUUCAAAAGGAGAGUUGUUGGCUACCGGUGGAGACAACGGGAAGGUUUUGAUUUGGGAGUUAGGAAAUAACAGAACUUGUAGUGUACAAGGGCAUGCUCAUCAAGUCACAGAUGUCUGUUUUAGACCAAACUCAACAGUGUUUGCAUCAUCUUCGUUUGACAGAACUGUGAAGAUAUGGGAUGCAACAAAGCGAAGCAAUCCUUUCCAAAAGCUUGUCGGCCAUGAUGGGCAUGUGAUGUCAAUAGAUUUUCAUCCAACAAAGUUGAGUCUCCUCAGUUCUUGUGAUAGCAAUGACGAGAUUAGACUGUGGGAUGUCAAUAGCGGUGAUUGCAAACUCAAUUUUAAGGGAGGUAUUAGUCAAGUUAGAUUUCAACCUCAACUUGGGGACUUUUUGGCUAGUUCUACUGGAAAUAUUAUAAAUAUUUUUGAUGUAGAGACUAACAAGAUCCAAAAAAAAUUACAAGGACACGUCAAAGACAUCCAUUCAAUCUGCUGGGAGAUGAGUGGGAGCUACCUGGCAUCUGUGAGUGAAGAUAGUGCGCGGAUAUGGUCUGUUAGUGACGGAAAGUGUUUAUAUGAAUUGUACUCUAGUGGAAAUAAGUUCCAGUCAUGCACUUUCCACUUUGGGCAUCCUCUAGGGUUGGUGAUUGGUUCUGAUAAGUUGUUGGAGGUGUGGAAUCCUUUCUUGCAGAGGAACAUAACUAGACCAUAUAGUGCUCAUUCUGGUAUAAUUACUUCAUUAGUAAAUUCACCUUCGAAAGGAAUCGUAGCUUCAGUGAGUGAUGACCAAUGGAUCAAGAUAUGGGAAUGACACUUCUUUGUGGAUCAAGAUACAACAGUCAUUCUUCCUUGUUUCUUUUAUCCAAAUUACAUCAAUGAAACUAUCAACUGCAUAUGCCCUUUCGCAGCGCGUAUGCAUUUUGGACCAAGGAAGGUGAUGUUGUUCUUGGCACAUCACCAGUGGAAUGAGUUAUUUGAAAGGUUGUUUCAGUUACAAACAUUAACUGUUGUUUUAAACUCCAUUUUAUCUCUUGGAAGUUGAGUUUAUUUGAAAUGUUCAUUAGACUUGGUUAUAAAAUGACAAACAUUGAUAUGAUUAAAUGAAUUUGAUUUCUUAAAUUGGGAAGUAGUAUGUAAUAGUAAUAUUUUUUUGUUAAAUGAUGCUUUAUUUCAUAUAUUUAUAUCUAUAUAAAGCUAGGCAUAGAAAUAGUGA